AUGGUACUGGCAUUUUGUAGACGUGGUUCGGUUAUUCCUAUUUGUAUCUAUCUAUUGGUGGGGAGGUAUAUGAAGGAACGAAUAAAUGGAUUGAGGAAUGAGAGCUCGAAGACAAAGAGAACCGGGCUUUUCCAAAGAAUGACUGCAGCUUUACCACUCCCUUUGAUUAUCAUAUACAAAAAGGUCUCUUCCACUUUCCUAUCAAAUCUCUCUCUAUUCUGGCACAUAAAUGAAGGGAUCGAAGAGAUUAUGGCAGAUCAUGUUCACCAAGAAAUGACCCGCAAUUUGAUCUUGGUCUAUUUGAGAUUGUUCCUUUUAAUCGUAAUCAAAGAUGUUUUCUUGUCUCUCGUUUUCUUUUCCGAACAAAUCGAAGAACCUAAUGGAUCGAACUCAAACAUCAAAGCGUCUGUUAUAUCUAUUAAAGAAAAGAAUUCACCCAUGUCAACAGUAAGAAAUAGGUCAGAAUCAUACCCGCUAUUCCUGGGAUUCUGUAAUCAAAAACCCGGCAAUCUCCCAUCUCCGAAUGGCAAAAAGUUUUCAAGGCACUCGUUAGGCCUUAAAUCUUCUAUAUACUAG